CACGAUCAUAGGUAUGAUCCAAGUAGUUUCUCAUCUUUUGUGUCUGUGUUGUCGACUAUUCCAAACAAUUUGAAUAAGUGUUGACACCAUGGCCCCGUCCGCAGUCUCACCUCCUCUGGAGGCCACCAACAAGCUUCUUGUCAAGCCAUGGAGCAGACCACAGGAGACCAAAGAAGAUCUUGAGUGGGCACCAUUGACCAGCAUUGACCUAUCACGCUUUGAUGAACCUGGUGGCAAGCAAGAGCUGGCAAAGCAACUCUACGAUGCUAUCACAAGAGUAGGAUUUUGGGUCGUUACCGGCUCCGGCAUCGACGAUGAGCGAGUCUUGCGCCAAUUCAGCAUUGGGAACACUUUCUUCAAAGAGUCGUUGGAGGAAAAGAGGAGGUAUCCAUGCAACUUUGCAGAAGGCGAGUAUUUUGGGUACAGAGAGAACGAGCGAUGGAUUGGAGAUACUGGAGUCAAAGAGAACAUUGAAAUGUUGAACAUUCACAAAGAUAUCCCGGCGUGGAAGGAUGUCGGCAAACAUCAAGUUGUCGAGGAAAAUUGGGAUGAGAUUCGCGACUUCCACCGCGACGUAUGGGAAGUGGCUCGCAAACUCUUCGUUUUGAUCGCCAUUAUCUUGGAACUUCCCGAGAAUUACCUGGCAGAUGCUCACGCGUACGACCAGGUCUCGGACGACCACUUGCGCUAUAUGAUCUACAACGUCCGCACCCAAGAGGAGUGGGACAAGGCACAAGCAUACUCCAAGGGCGGCCACACAGACUUCGGCAGCUUGACUCUGCUGUUCAGUCAGCACGUGGCUGGGUUGCAGAUCAGGACGCCGGAGGGAGAAUGGAAAUACGUCAAGCCGGUCUCGGGUGGCAUCACGUGUAAUGCUGCAGACACACUCACAUUCCUAACGAAUGGCUUCAUCAAAUCGACAAUUCAUCGCGUCGUCACACCACCAAAGGACCAAAUCGACAUUCCACGCCUGGGACUCUUGUACUUCAGUAGACCAGGAGACCACGCGCCGAUGCGGACUGUGCCUUCGCCGCUUCUGGAUCGACUGGGACUUAUCAAAGAGGAAGAUAAGGAUCUGAGUAGGCCAGUGCCGUCAGGAACAGAGUAUGUGAGGGCGAGGGUCAAGGAUGUGCAUCACAAGAAAGUGCUAGAUAAGCGCGAGGGUACAAGCUUCCAGUACAAGGGGUUGGAGGUGAAGAAUCACUAUGCAUAGAAGCUGGAUGUAUUUUUUCCCGAAAGUGUAGCAUAUGAAAAUUGGUAUACGAUGUCUCACAUCGUUGAUUGAUACA